UGUGAGGAAGAGGAGAUGCUCUGAGACACAGUUGAGACAUUCAGAUCAGGUUUGGUCUCAGCAGCAGCAGCAGCAGCAGAUUCUGGACCCUAAAGGUUCUGUUGGUUCUGGUCCUGAUGAAGAUGAUGUGGCUUCAGUCUGUGUCCAGCAGGAGGCGUCAGAGCGGCUCAGUCACCAGAGCCUGCACACAGAUGGACGGACACACAGAGACAGACAGGCAGACAGACAGGUGGCUCCACCCUCAUGAGUGUAGCCCCGCCCCUCCGGGCUGUUCCAUUAGAGAAUCAAACGCAGGAGAGAUGAGAGCAGGAGGCGUCGAGGAGAACCAAGACAAAGAGAGGAGGAGGCUGCCCAAACUGAAGAAUCCUGCAAAGAUCUGGAAGAACCGCAAACAGCAGAACCGCACCGACACUGCAGGUCAGAACCAACAGAACCUCAGACAGAACACCGUCAGGUCAGAGCCAGCAGAACCUCAGACAGAACACCGUCAGGUCAGAGCCAGCAGAACCACAGACAGAACACCGUCAGGUCAGAACCAGCAGAACCACAGACAGAACACCGUCAGGUCAGAACCAGCAGAACCACAGACAGAACACCGUCAGGUGUUUCAUCAUGUUACUGAUGUACCUGUGCAGGUGUGUCGUAUGGGGAAGCGUGUGAAGGAGGACCUGCUGACGGUGGUGCGGACGGUGCAGGACUGUUACCCUCCACAGAUGGACAUCCUGAACCUUUACUCUGGACUCUACCAUCAGACGUUCUCCACUCGGCUGACUGAACUCGCCGCAUCUGGACUGGAAACAGACGACUGCAGCUACCUGCUGUUCUGGAUCAAUCACUACUAUCCACAUGAAGUCCUGAAACAUGAAGAACUGGAGGGGAAGAUAAAGACGGCCUGUCUGGGUUCUCUGCUGCUGCAGGAUCAGCUCACCCGACUGGAGGACCAGUACCUGAACCACAAAGAGGACAAAGUAAAGCUGUGGCUGAAUACAGCUCUGAGUAAAGAGGAGGAGAGCUGGCUGAGCGGGCACACACCUGAACUCAUCGACCAGUACUGCUUCAGUCCACUGGCCAUAGAUGUCAUACAGGUGAUAAACAGCUCCCUGACUGAACUGAACUGUGUGGUCAGAGACCAGAGGAAAGCUCAGAGGAUCACAGCUCACCUGGAGAGCUUCCUCAGCAGCUACAGGAAGUGUGUGGAGGAGUUCGUGAAGGGAGCCCACGGUAACGUCCGCUCAGUGGUCAAAGCUCACCUGGUCUGUGAGCAGCAGUUCAGGGAUUACAUCACAGGUCAAACAGGAAGUCUGUCGGAGGAGCAGAGACAUCGCUGUCUGGACACUCUGUCCGCCCUGAAGGAUUGUGGGUACAGGUGUAUCACCUGUCCCAUUCACACCCAGAUGAAGGCAAGUUUCAGCCCCCUGUGGACGCCGGUCUGGUUGGACGGGUCACUUCCUGUCGUCGACUUGCUGCUGGACUCUCUGAGCCAACAGCUGACCGACCUGACCGACCUGAAACCAGCCUGCAGAAAGUCCCUGCUGUGUGUCCUCCAUCAGGACCUGGUUCUGCAGUAUGUGAAGAGGAUGAUGAAGACCAGGACGAAGAGCAGAGAGCAGCAGGUGGGCGGAGCUCAGAGGAUGACUGAAGACGCCCAAAAGAUCAACGACUUCUUCAAACAGGAGGGCUGCAGUGAGUCUCUGUGGCUCGGUGAGAUGCUCUGCAGCGUCGCUGAGGUUCUCCGUCUGCAGGAUCCAGGAAGUGUUCAGCUGGAGGUCGUCAGUCUGGCCAGAACGUUCCCUGACCUCAGUGAUGCUCACGUGUCAGCGCUGCUGUCUCUGAAGGGCGGCCUAUCAGCUGCUGACAUUCGCUCCAUUAGGCGCAGCGUGGAGGAGAACCGCCUCCUGGAUGUCUCCACCAAUCAGAGCCCUCUGUUCUUCUCCAAAGUCAAAGUCAAAUGGUUAAAUAAUAAGAUCAAUCAGAUGGCACUAAAGACUUGAACUGUUAUAGCAUGUUAGCAUGUUAGCAUGUUAGUGGUCAGUCAACAGUAUUUUAUGUGUAUUUACAGUGUGUUGCUGUUUUAUCACCAGUGUUGGGUAAGGGUUACUUUAAAAGUAAUCAAAUUACUUUACUGCGUUACUUUU